AUGUCUAAACGCUCUCAUUCACCCAGCGUCCCUCAAGAUUCCCCUUCCGACAUGGAUUCUCCUUCAAGCUCACCAUCCGCAUCCUCAACCAGCACCGCUCAGCUACCUCACGAUCGUAGUAAAAUCCUGCAUCGAGACACUGUCCCGUCGGUCGAGGUCAUGCACUGCACUUUACCACCGCAUCGCGAGACAGUCUCCUUUGCCUCCUAUGAGGAUUACGAGGUUCACUAUCAGCAGGCACAUGUGAACCGGUGCUCUCAAUGCAGCAAAAACUUCCCGACGACGCACUUUUUGAAUCUCCAUAUUGAGGAGAAUCAUGAUCCGCUUGCGGCGGCAAAGCGGGCAAGAGGGGAUAAGACGUAUCGCUGUUUCAUAGAAGAUUGUGAGCGGAAAUGUUCAUCGCCCCACAAACGGCGGCUGCAUUUGGUAGACAAACAUAUGUUUCCUCGAACUUAUAACUUUUAUAUCAUCAAUGACGGCAUUGAUAAACAGACCUCGCUCCUCAGACCGCUGAACAAAAGCCACCGUCGGCGCAUGUCCUCCGCUUCAAUCUCAUCCAUCCAAGAAGGACGAUUGCGGCGUCGGAGUUCCGUGACACAACCGACAAGUCCGACAAGCCCGCAGCGGAUGGGAAAGCUUGCUCCCUCUCACCCCCGUGUACUGGAACACCCGUCGGUUGAGAUGGAAAUUGAUGGGUUGACUCAAUCCAUGUCUGCACUUCGAUUCGUGCCGACAAGCGUGAUGAGGAAUCGAGGCCGAAUGGCGCCGAAGCAAGGGUCAUGA